GUUUGCAUUUCUUCUAUCGGGUAACGCUAGUUGAUUGAACAGAGAGCACUGCCAACAAAUGUACGAUAAAGGGAAGCAACGCCAGGGAUGCAGCUAAUAGAUGAAAAUGUUCAAAGUUCGCACACAGAGAACCUGCGAACAGACUACUCGGAAGUGCCCUGUUUGCUUUAUCCUUUCUUACCAGCCAGCCAACAGCUAGUUAGCUACUCGUUAGCUGUGUAGCUAAUGUAACGUUGCGGCUGACAGCAGCAACCACAGGCAGUGACAGCUAGCAGCUAACGUUAGCAAACUGCUAACCUCAACCAGCGAAUUCUAUUAAAACCCCUUUGGAGAGACCUGCGGCCGCUCCACCGUCCGAGGUGUGAUAGCUUCACACCUCCACCGGCCCGCAGACGUCUGAAGUAGCUGUUCGGCCGCUGCAGUGCCAAGUGCCAGUCGGAACUGAUGGCUGCCCCAUUCACACAUUCAGACAGCACCACCUUUGAUCACAGGGGGAUUUAACCCCAGCGAGCGCACAGGUCUCAAACGCAGUCGGUCGCAGGAGAUAACACGUAGAGGAUCAUGUCUGCAAUUCAUGGGAAUAUGCGCGUCGGGGAUAUGAAUCACUUCCAGAUGUACCACGAAGGGCCUCUUCAGCUGAACAACAUGGGCAUGGUGAACUCAGAUUAUGGUGCCACAGAUGUUACAAACUACUUCAACUCUGAAAACUCUGCACCGAGGCAGGAUAAAUACGUAUCAAUACUGACCCACAGGAGAAAGAGGACCAACUUCACCCAGCAGCAAAUCGAGGUGCUGGAGAAAGUGUAUUCAGACACUAAAUAUCCUGACAUAUACUUACGAGAGAGGCUGGAGGCUCUGACCGGGCUACCGGAGUCCAGAAUUCAGGUGUGGUUUCAGAAUAGAAGGGCCAAAUCUCGUCGCCAACUUAGCUCAUCAGUGUCCAUGAAAGUCGCCAAUCCACCGGUAGCUGGCCCCUUCAGCCAACUCCACAGAAAGAUGGGCACAGAGAAAGUUUAUGACAACAACCAUGGCGCAGAGGCAUACAGAGUAGGAGGUUUUGGGUCAGAGGAAGGUUUCAGGCCUGUAAUGCAUCAAAACACAGAAGACCAGCACCAAACCAAACCCAGCAGCUAUGAACACACCCCUAUUUCCUGCAUGUAUGAGAACGAGGGAACCAGAGUGAUGCCUGAGCAGCUGCAGGGACGCAAGCUGAGUGUUAAUGUCCCAUGCUGUAACAUAUAUCUUAACUCCAAGGAGAAUGAGCAUCACUCCAAGAUUGAGGCUAACACGACUGGAAACCAAGGUUCAAAAGUUCUGGUGGAGUAUGACAAUUUCCCACCGAACAAAACCAUUGGACCUGAGAUGAAAGUUGUGAUCCCUCCCAUUCCGACCCAGAGUAGCUUCAACAUGUCGUCACCAAAGGAUACUGGGUGCCAAAUCCAGUAUCCAAACAUGAGGGCCACAGGGGACAGAUUCAGUCAUUUCUCUCCAAUCCAUGGCAAUGAGACACAGGACUUUACUGACUCAGACUCUGACUGGGAAAAUGAGGCUAUGGCUGGCCUUGGUGGUUUUAUGUGAUGCAUUAUAAGAGCUGGUCUAACCAAAGACAAAUGUAUCAUAAGAGCUGAUGUAAGGAAAGCUAUAUGCAUCAGAAUGGGGAGUAUAGCAGUUGUCUGGGUAAAAGGAAAUGUGUAUUUAUUGUAAAAGAGUAAUAAAACUGUUGAAUGGAUUGAUCUGUUAAUAAAAACUAAAAGAUGAAAUGCUACUUUACAGUAUUUAAUAUAAAAAGACAAACAUUCAUAUACAGUUGCCCUGAGGCACUCUCAUAUACAACUAUACAAAACUGAAAAAGCAGAUUCUCUAGGAAAAAACUGUUAAUUUUAAUUUUUAAGAGUGUGUUGCAGCAACAGCCAUGCCAAAUGUGGAACUGCUAAGACCAUCUUAGGGAGUAAAAGGCAUCAAAACCCCAGAGUUUUCCUUUAUAAAAAUACCAAAAUCUCUUUUCAGUGCACACAGCAGAAAUGCCAAGGAUAGUCCUAGUAAUCAGAGAUAUUGUACAAUUAUCUACAAUAAACAUUUUUAUAAAACAUUUUUAGCUUCCCUCUAUGCUUAUUAUCAGAAGAACAGCAGAGCACAACACUUAAGGAAACUGAAGAGAUAGAAAAAUAUUGUUUCACAACCAUACACACCUACUCAAAAAUAAAUAAAUAUGGACUAUAAAAACUGUAAGAAUCAAUGUUUGGCACAAGACCAAUAUAUAACCACUGAGAAUUUGGAGAUGUGGGCUUGUGGCAUUAGUGAAAGACUUUGCAGAUUUGUGUCCAGUUAGGUGCACAAACAUUUUCAUACAAUAAAAUGGGUGGGUAAAAUUCAUGACACCUUCCCUUUUCAGAGGAAAGCUUCAGGAACCUGGACAGAGUUGUUUCACUGGGAGAU